AUGAAAACUCUGGAAGGAGAGGAUCUCUGUUUUCCACAAAUCAACAACUCUUGCAAAAAGCCACUCAAACGUCAUACUGAAAACACUUUUCUUUAUAUUCUGCUCUCAAGUAUUUCUCUGAUAACUGUGACCUUCAACCUGCUGGUCAUCAUUGCAGUCUCCCACUUCAGGCAGCUUCACACCCCCACCAAUCUGUUUCUCCUCUCACUGGCUGUCUCAGACUUUCUUGUUGGAAUCCUGCUGAUGCCUAUUCAGAUAACCACGAUAGGAGGCUGUUGGAUUUUAGGAAGUUUUGGGUGUGGAAUGGUUAAGUAUACUGCACAAAUAAUUACAUCUGCUUCUGUAGGAAACAUGGUGCUUAUAUCAGUGGACCGAUAUGUGGCAAUCUGUGAGCCUUUGUCUUAUCCCAUCAAAGUCACUACGUUAAGGGUUCAGGUCUGUAUUUGUCUGUGUUGGGGAUCCUCUGUUUUCUACAAUGGUUUGAUACUCAAGGAGAACAUAGAAUAUCCAGAAAAAUAUAGUUCCUGCUACGGAGAAUGUAUAUCAUAUAUAGAUCUAUUACCAGGAGCUUUUGAUGUCAUAUUGACAUUCAUUGCUCCAAUUACAGUCAUCAUAGUUCUGUACAUAAGAGUCUUUGUGGUUGCUGUGUCUCAGGCCCGGGCCAUGAGGUCUCAUAUUACAGCUGUCAAUAUGAAAGGUUCAAUUCGUAUAACGGCUAAGAAGUCUGAGAGAAAAGCAGCCACAGCUCUCGGUGUUGUUGUAAUAGUGUUUCUCUUUUGUUUCUGUCCUUAUUUUUGCUACUCUCUUAUUGGUGAAAACAUACAAACUGAUGCAGAGAUUUUUUGGGGGAUCUGGUUGCUUUACAUUAAUUCUUGUAUAAAUCCAAUAAUCUAUGUUUUCUUUUACCCCUGGUUUAGGAAGUCUGUCAAACUCACUGUAACUCUACAAAUACUUCAGCCUCACUCCUGUCAUGUAAACCCAUUGGAUAGAAGCAUUUAG